AUUCUCUAAAAAAAAUGAGCACAAAUUAUACCAUUUCAACGAUCUGGUGAUUGUGCCACUAUAUAGGACCGUGCACACUCGAGGACUUCACUCAUCCCCAUCUUGUAUCUACACAAGAAAAAAAAAAAUGGACGCUUCAACCCUGCUAUGGUUCCUCUACAUCUCGCUCGCCUCCUGCCUCCUCUACAAGCUCUUCUUCGCUUCAACCAAGACGAGCUCCGGCAAGGCGCGGCGGCGCGCACCGCCGGGCCCGGCGCCUCUGCCGCUCGUCGGCAACAUCCUGGAGCUCCGUGGCGAGCCGCACCACGCCCUCGCCAGGCUCGCCGCGACGCACGGCCCGGUGAUGUCCCUGAGGCUGGGCACCACCGACGCCAUCGUGGUCACCUCCGCCGCGGCGGCGCGCGACGUGCUGCAGAGGUACGACCACGUGCUGGCGGCGCGGUCGGUGAGCGACGCCGGGCGCGCGCUGGGGAACCACGAGCACUCCGUCAUCUGGCUCCCGCCCACCAGCCCGCUGUGGAAGCGGCUCCGCGCCGUGUGCACCAACCACCUCUUCUCGGCGCGCGCGCUGGACGCCACGCGCGCCGCGCGGGAGGAAGGGGUGAGGCAGCUGGUCGCCUGCCUGGGCCGCCACGCCGGCGAGACCCCCGUGGACGUGGGCCGCGCCGUGUUCUCGUGCGUGCUCAACCUCGUCUCCCGCGCGCUCUUCUCCGAGGACGUGGUGGCCGACCUCAGCUCCGACCAAGCGCAGGAGCUGGAGAUGCUGGUGAGGGACACCGUCGAGGAGGUCACCAAGCCCAACCUCUCGGACCUCUUCCCCGUGCUCGCCAGGCUCGACCUGCAGGGCCGCCGCCGCCGCUCCGCUGAGUUCGUGGCGAGGUUCUACGACUUCUUCGAUCCGAUCAUCGCCCGCCGCAUCGAAGCGCGCGGCGGCGGUGGUGAAAAGAUUGAUGAUGAUUUCUUGGACGUGUUGCUUCAGCUUCACUCGAUGGGUCAACUCAGCCUGCAAACCAUCAAGUCUUUUCUUUUGGAUCUGUUUGCCGCUGGAACGGACACGAACGCGAUCACGGUGGAGUGGACGAUGGCGGAGCUGCUCCGGCACCCGGCCGUGAUGGCCAAGGUCCGGGCGGAGCUGCGGGAGGCGCUGGGCUCGAAGCCUCACCCGGACGAGUCGGACGUCGGCAGGCUGCCCUAUCUCCGCGCCGUGGUGAUGGAGAGCAUGCGGCUCCACCCGCCGAGCCCGAUGCUGAUGCCGCACCUGGCCAUGGCCGGCGGCGCGGAGGUGGGCGGAUUCGAGGUGCCCGCCGGCACCAAGGUGAUCAUAAACCUGUGGGCGAUCAUGCGCGACCGGGCGACGUGGGCGGAGCCCGAGGCGUUCGUGCCGGAGCGGUUCGUGGGCGCGAGCGACGCGGAGUUCCGUGGGAAGGACCGGCUCGAGUUCAUGCCGUUCGGGGCCGGCCGGAGGUCGUGCCCCGGCACGCCGAUGGCCACGCGGGUGGUGACGCUGCUCCUGGCAUCCAUGCUCCACGCGUUCGAGUGGAGGCUGCCCGAGGGGAUGCAGCCGGGCGACGUGGACGUCAGGGACCGGUUUGGAACGUCGCUCAACAUGGUCACGCCGCUCAAGGCCGUGCCGGUGCCGUCGCAACGGUGAUGCACUGCAACGGCUUGUUUAGGCCCUCUUUAAAUCCUCUAAAAAUUCUGAGAAUAUAGUAUCCUUAAUAGUUAUAGAUAGAUUCUUUAUCCAACUAUCCAUUUCGAGUGUGGUUUGAGCCGGAUGUGGUGUGGCAGCUCAGUUUUGUUUUUUCUUUCCUUCUCCUCCCUUGUCCUUUUGUUCUCCUCUCUCGUCCUUUUGUUUUUUUUUUUCUUCCUAGGCACUUCACGUGCAGGUCUAUUUUCUUUGUCUGUAUACUAUGCUUUUGAGGGUCGUCUACCCUCCUCUUAAUAAAAUACGUGCAUAGCAUGUUCUCUAAAA